UCACAUCCAUCUGAUCGGAAUAGUUUCCGAGGAUGAAAUUGAUACGAGUACGAUAUUGGAAUAGGAUAGGAAGUAGGGAGUCAUUUGAGAAGCCCACCUAAUAACGGAGAUGAGUAAGGAAGACGAGUAGUGUCGUCUCGCGUGGGUUGUGAGUUGUGACAUCUAACUGCCGACUCGUUCCGAUAUACGACCGCCCUCCACUUACUCCGUCACGACUCACGCGACUGGCCACCCUCGAUUUAAGUAAAGUCCGCCGGCCGCCGUCCCUCUCUCUCUCUCUCUACUUUCUGUUUCUUUCGUUUCUCUCAAGUGGGACUGAAUCUAUAAAUACAAGUGUAAAGAGACUUAAAUUUCUCUUUCUUCUUCUUCCUCUUCUUCUUCUCUCUCUCGGCGUUAUUGAUGCGUCCCUGCUUGAAUCCGAGCAACAACGCUAGCCUGAGAAUCAUUUCCGCCUCUUUGUUCAGAUUUGGUCGCUUGGAUCCUCUUCCAUCCUUGUUCCGAUCUUCUUCUGGUAUUCGAUUCCCGCGUAAGCACUGUUCGAGCUCUGUUGAUUUGAAUCGGACGACAUUCACGACGACGACGGCGAAGAUGGGUGUGGUGGCAGCCACUGAUGGAGAAGGGAUAGCGAGGCGAUUCUGGAUCAAAUUCAGGAGGGAAUCGGUGUUCGCGAUGUACACUCCUUUCGUCAUCUGCUUGGCGUCUGGCAAGUUGGAAUUGGAGACGUUCCGCCAUUAUAUCGCUCAAGACGUGCAUUUCCUUAGGGCUUUUGCGCAGGCCUAUGCAUUGGCGGAAGAGUGUGCGGACGAUGAUGAAGACAAAUCUGCGAUCUGCAAAUUGAGGAAAUCCGUCAUGGAGGAGCUUAAAAUGCACGAUUCUUUUGUUCGAGAAUGGGGUAUUGAUCCUACAAAUGAAAGCACCUCCACUUCUGCAACACUAAGGUACACAGAUUUCUUGUUGGCAACAGCCUCUGGGAAAGUUGAAGGAUUAAAAGCUCCUGGUAAAAUUGCAACUCCCUUUGAGAAAACAAAAGUUGCUGCUUAUACACUAGGUGCAAUGACACCUUGCAUGAGGCUAUAUGCAUUUCUGGGUAAGGAGCUCCUGGCACUUCUUGAUACUAAUGGGAGCAGUCACCCCUACAAGAAAUGGAUUGACAAUUAUUCCUCUGAAGCUUUUGAGGCAUCGGCUCUGCAAACUGAAGAAUUGCUUGAUAAACUAAGUGUCUCCUUGACAGGAGAAGAGCUUGAAGUAAUAGAAAAGCUUUAUCAUCAGGCCAUGAAGCUUGAAAUAGAAUUUUUUUGUGCUCAACCGAUCACUCAGCGAACUAUAGUCCCUUUGUCCAGAAUACAUGAUCCUGCAGAAUAUCAACUUAUUAUAUUUUCUGAUUUUGAUCUGACUUGCACUGUUGUUGACUCCUCUGCUAUUCUGGCGGAGAUUGCAAUACUUAGUGCACCCAAAGCUGAUCAGGUUGGGCCUGAAAACAUGCUUGCUUGGAAGUCAUCAGCUGAUCUGAGGAAUACAUGGGGUGUUCUUUCCAGGCAAUAUACUGAAGAGUAUGAACAAUGUAUAGAGAGCAUGAUGCACUCUGAGAAAGUGGAAGAAUUUAACUAUGAUGGUCUGUGUAAAGCACUUGAACAACUCUCAGACUUUGAAAAGCGCGCAAAUGCACGAGUGAUUGAGUCAGGAGUGCUGAAGGGUUUGAAUGUAGAAGACAUAAAGCGGGCUGGUGAGCGUCUCAUACUUCAAGAUGGUUGUACAGGGUUCUUCCAAAAGAUUGUAAAGAAUGAACAACUGAAAUCAGAUGUGCAUAUACUUUCAUAUUGUUGGUGUGGUGAUCUUAUUAGGUCAACCUUUUCAUCAGGUGGUCUUGAUGUUAUGAGCAUACAUGCAAAUGAGUUCACUUAUGAAGAGUCCAUUUCCACGGGUGAAAUUGUUCCGAAGAUGGAGUCUCCCUUGGACAAACUACAAGCUUUUAAGGAUAUUCUAAAGAACCGCAAUGAUGAUAGAAAACAUUUAUCUGUAUACAUCGGAGACUCAGUUGGGGACUUACUCUGCCUGCUUGAAGCAGAUGUAGGCAUUGUGGUUGGGUCCAGCUCAAGCCUAAGGAAAGUGGGGAGUCAGUUUGGUGUAUCUUUUAUUCCAUUGUUCUCUGGUUUGGUGAAGAAGCAGAGAGAAUUCAUUGAAGGUGACUCUUCCAAUUGGAAAGGGCUAUCGGGCAUUCUUUAUACGGUCUCUAGUUGGGCUGAAGUACAUGCCUUUAUUUUAGGGUCAUAGAAUCAUUUGUCAAUAAGCCUUUUCCUCUCUCUCUCUCUCUCUCUCUCUGUAAUUGUCUAGAACAAAUCAUGAAUUCAUAUAUAGUAGGAUAUGUAGAUACAAGUGGUGGCUAAUUUUAUGAAGGGCCACUGCAAGCUGUUGUUUCUUCCUGCAAGGGCCGCUGAUACAAAAUGCUCAGCCUUGGUGGAUAUACUGAUUACAGCCGGUAUUGGGAAGUGCAGGCAGCAAAUGUCAAGGCAAGAGGAAAUGGAUCAAUUUCUUUGUCUAGAUUUUUCAUAUAAUUGUUUUUUUUUUGUCUUUUUCCUCUUUUGUAGAACAAUUGCUACCCAGAUUUAUGGGCAAUUGCAAUUUUAGGGGUUAUUUAUAUCGCCAUGUACGUUCAUUGUAAUUUGUUAGGGGAAUCGAUCCUGGCUGUUGGUUAUAUUUUUCCCCAAUUCCAUCAGCUGCUUUUUUUCUUGAAAUCUAUGUAGUACACAUCAUCAUCAAGACAACUGAGAAGAAUGGGUGUACAAGGAAUAUCCUUGUUCUGAUAUUAAAGUACUAGGGUUGAUUCAUCAAGGUUGCUUUUA